UGCUGUGCUACAAGAUCGAAGAGCUGGGUGAAGAUCUCAAGGCCCAUUACAAAAUAGACGAAUUCUCCUCUGUGACGGUGCCUGCGCAGGAGCCUGUGACCGUCUUGGGCCAGAUUGCGUGUGAUUCGAACGGGAAACUGAACCCCCAAUCCGUCAUCCUAGAAGGGGACCGCGAACAUUCGUCGGGGGCUUUCAUCCCCAUCGACAUUUCUGAGCUCACGGAUUAUUCUUUGUUCCCAGGACAGGUUGUGGUCAUGGAAGGAAUGAACAGUACUGGCAAGAAGCUGAUUGCAUCCAAACUCUAUGAGGGAGUGCCUCUUCCUUUCCAGAAGCCCACAGAAGCAGCCACAGAUCCAGAACCUCGGCUGGUCUUGGUUGCCUGUGGGCCCUACACCACUUCGGACAGCAUCGCCUAUGAGCCCAUGGUGGACCUGAUUGAGACCAUCAAUAAGGACAAGCCGGAUGUUUGCAUUUUGCUCGGUCCCUUCGUUGAUUCAAAGCACAAACAAGUGGAGGAAGGGCGGCUGAUCAUGUUGUACGACGAGGUCUUCAAGAGGUGCUUGAAGACUAUCAUUGAAGGCACAAGGAGUGCCGGCUCCCACCUUGUGGUUGUGCCUUCACUGAGGGACGUACACCAUGUGUGCAUUUAUCCCCAACCACCUUUCGUCUGUGAACUCGCCAAAGAAGACCGACAGCGAGUGCUCUUCGUCUCCGAUCCCUGCACCUUAGAGAUCGACGGGGUGAUUUUCGGCUUAACCUCGGUGGAUUUGCUCUUUCACAUGGGAGCGGAGGAAAUCAGCCGCUCUUCCAAUCUUCAGGAUCGUUUUUCUCGAAUUCUCAAACACAUCCUGACUCAGCGGAGCUACUAUCCUCUCUACCCGCCCCCCGAGGACAUGAUGGUGAAUUACGAGCACUUCUACCCCUACGCCUCCCUGCCCGUCACGCCGGACCUCUUGAUCACCCCCUCCGACCUGAAAUACUUCGUUAAGGACGUUUUGGGGUGCAUCUGCAUUAACCCCUGCCGGCUGACGAAAGGACAAGUGGGGGGCAGCUACGCGCAGCUCUGGGUCCAGCCACAGGUCCCUGGGGCCCAGCGGAAGAGCCCGUGCAUCGCCGCGCAAGUGAUCAAGAUCUAACCAGGUUCCGCCAACACCUGAAGCCUUCAAGAGAAUGAGCUAAAGGACUCUUUCCUUCUCCAGCAACCUGCGGAUCCCCAAAGUCUGAGCAACCCAAACAUCUGG